ACUUUGACAGUUCUCAGCGGAAGUGUGGACGGUGCCGCUAGCUUCUCUCGCCGCUAACACAUCUGAUCCACGAGUCUUCUCCGCACAGAUGAUCGAUAGAUCCUCGAUUAAUCGUCCCGGGAUCGGUUCGUGUGAACAGCUGGACGCGGCGUGUGCUCGCUGACCCGUGAUGGCGCCGCUGCUUUCCUCCGCUGGAGCAGUUUCCUGCUGACUGACCGACAAAGGGUUGAUCCGUCGCCUCGCCAGAUGUGGCCACUACCUCUGCUCAGACUCCUGUUCAUGAACGGCAAGGAUGCGUUGAUUGAGCGGCUGUGGCUCGGCCUGGAGGGAUGACAGGACUUUAGCAGACAUGGAGACAGGGGAGACGAGACGCACAGACAGCUGCAAACACCAUAUUUACGAAGUCUAGAUUUUCCAUCGCAUUAGAUUCCCUUAGGUUGAGAGUAAACGCUAUUUUUUAUAUAUUUUUUAUUCAGAGCUAGUUUUGUUAGUUUUUCCAAAGCCAUACACACUCAGACGGCAAGAUGAGCUCGGAGGGUUUUCAGUACCGAGCGCUGUACGACUACAAGAAGGAGCGGGAGGAGGACAUCGACCUGCAUGUUGGAGACAUGCUGCUGGUCAGUAAAGGAGCGCUGCUCGCCCUCGGCUGCAGCAACGGAGCCGAGGAACGACCGUCUGAGAUCGGAUGGCUGCCGGGCUUCAAUGACACCACUCAGGAAAAAGGUGACUUCCCAGGUACAUAUGUGGAGUUUGUCGGUAGAAAGAGGAUGUCCCCACCCACACCAAAGCCCCGCCCACCGAGACCGCCAUCUGCAGCGUCGCUGAGGACGGACUCAGAGUCUGAGGGCUUCGUGUUGCCCGACCUCCCGGAGCAGUUUGGCCCCCCGGACACAGCGCCCCCCCUCCUCGGCAGGCUGAUGGAGGCCAUCGAGACCAAAGGUGUGGACUGUCCCAGUGUGUAUCGCAGCAUGAGCGGCGUAGGUGUGGACGCCCGGCAGCUGGCAGACGCUGACCUGGAGCAGCUGGAGGUGUCGUCCCUGUGUGACGGGGUGGUCCGCUUCCUGCUCGACCUCCCUGGUCCCGUCCUCCCCCCCUCACUUCAGGCCGACAUGAUCCAUGCAGUGCAAGAGGUCGAAGACCCAGAGGAAUGUGCCCAGGUGCUGCGGGGCGUGGCAAGUUCGCCGGCCUGCCCCCCCCAGUACGGCCUGACCCUGCUCAGCGUGGUCCGACACCUCGCACGUCUCUGUUUACACGCAUCCAGAAACCAGCUGAGCCCUCGAAACCUGGCUGAGAGCUUCAAUCCACUGCUGUUCAGACAGACUGCAAGGUCUGACUCAGGUGUGGAUCCUCUGGCUCAGGUCCUGGAGGUUCUGAUCAGCAGCGAGCUCAACAUGAACCAGGCUGCACCAGCUUUACCUCCCAAACCAGUGAAGUCGUCGACUCCAGCAGCUCCCAGUAGUUUCAACAACAGUAUGGCUCUGCAGGACGCUGAGUGGUACUGGGGAGACAUUUCCAGGGAGGAGGUGAACGAGAAGCUGAGGGACACUGCUGACGGUACAUUUCUGGUGCGAGAUGCUUCCACUAAGAUGCACGGAGAUUACACUCUGACUCUGAGGAAAGGAGGCAACAACAAACUGAUCAAAAUCUUCCAUCGGGAGGGGAAGUACGGCUUCUCCGACCCGUUAACCUUCAGCUCGGUGGUGGAGCUGAUCAACCAUUACCGCCACGAGUCUCUGGCCCAGUACAACCCCAAACUGGACGUCAAGCUGCUCUACCCCGUCUCCAAACACCAACAGGACCAGGUGGUGAAGGAGGACAGUAUUGAAGCUGUGGGCAAGAAGCUGCACGAGUAUCACCUGCAGUACCAGGAAAAGAACCGAGAGUACGACCGGCUGUAUGAAGAGUACACCAGAACAUCACAGGAGAUCCAGAUGAAGAGAACGGCCAUCGAGGCGUUCAACGAGACCAUAAAGAUCUUCGAGGAGCAGUGUCAGACUCAGGAGCGCUUCAGCAAAGAGUACAUCGAGAAGUUCCGUCGAGAGGGCAACGAGAAGGAGAUCCAGAGGAUCAUGGAGAACUACGACAAGCUGAAGUCUCGGAUCAGUGAGAUCGUGGACAGUAAGCGCCACCUGGAGGUGGAACUGAAGAAACAGGCAGCUGACUACAGAGAGAUCGACAAGAAGAUGAACAGCAUCAAACCUGAUCUGAUUCAGCUCCGCAAGACCAGGGACCAGUACCUGAUGUGGCUGACGCAGAAGGGCGUUCGUCAGAGGAAACUCAACGAGUGGCUCGGCCUGAAAAAUGAAACCACAGAGGACGAGUACAGUAUGGUGGAGGACGAGGAGGACCUCCCGCACCACGACGAGCGUCUGUGGCGUCUGGGAAACAUCAACCGCAGUCAGGCCGAGUCGCUGCUUCGAGGGAAGCGAGACGGAACCUUCCUGGUGCGAGACAGCAGCAAACCAGGCUGCUUCGCCUGCUCUGUAGUUGUGGAAGGAGAAGUCAAGCACUGCGUCAUCAACAAGACGAGCACCGGCUACGGUUUCGCGGAGCCCUACAACCUGUACGGAUCUCUGAAGGAGCUGGUGCUGCACUACCAACACACGUCGCUGGUCCAACACAACGACUCGCUCAACGUCACGCUGGCGUUCCCCGUCUACAGCCAGCAGAGGCGGUGACCCCGCAUCGCUGACCAGCAGCCACACCUCACUUACACAUCCCCCCUUCCUCCUGGUCCGACACAUCUCACCAAACGACUCUUCGCAGACCAGUACCUGAACUCGUGAUGCGUUCAAAGCUCCGUGUGAAAACUCGACAUUUACAGAUCACAGUGAAAAGAAAUGACAACACUUCAUGUCCCUUUAAAGCUUUAAGCCAUGACGAGUAUUUGAAAGUCUUCACAUGGAACUUCCACUUCCUGUGAGGAUGGACACAAAGUAAAUAAAUGUCUCUGUUCACACAAAGUCAAGAUGAUGUGAUGAAGAUCACCCUCCUCAUCCUCCUCAGCGACAAGACUGAAGAUUUAAUUCUGCUGCUUUUCUGUUUCCGUCAGACGUCAAAUUCAAACGUCCGAAAAAAACGCAAAUAUGAAAAACAAAUAUGGAAAUGUAAAAGACCAAAAUCAGCCCUGAAAACUUCACGAGACAAAAGGUGAGACGGAUAACGAACGUCCACGUCCUCUGUCCAGCUCCCGUCUCUUUAAAUGGAGGUCUUGACAGGAUUAUAAUAAUUUAAAACCAACCUUGUUCUCAAACUCAAACUUAUAAUCAGCAGGUGUUAAAUAAGAAAAGAAUACAAUCUUAAAUAAGUGUAAAUGAAUCCAUUUGAGUCGUAUGAGUCGAGCUCAUGAUGAAACUCAAUCAGAUCAGAAAGCCGACCAGUAGAAAGACGAGUUGACUCCUUAAAUGAGAAUGAUUUAAGAAAGGGUGGAAUGUGAUUAUAAUUAAAAAAUCUGUUACAAAAGCAACAAAACAAACAAAGUGGGAACCUUUAUUUUGAAGGCAGAUUCACCUUCAACCCACAGAUAAAGAGCGAUGCCCCCGGGUCUGACUGAUGUCGUCUGAAUUAUUUAAGAUCCUGCAGAAAACGCAGCCAGAGGCUCGUCCCCGUGCGGCGGCGGCGGCGGCUGUUAGUUUCCCCGGUUACCGAGCGCGUUGAGAAACAAGGUACUGAAGUGCGAUGGCAGACGUUGGCGCUUGUUUGGUGCCACAGGAGGAGGAGCUGGGAUGAUGAUGAUGAUGAUGGCAGAGCGUCCAGAGAGAGACUUCUUACAAAACACUGUGAGUGACUCCGAACGAGGUUUAAACUGAGGGUGAAUCCCCCCCCACCCCUGCAGUGUUUUCCAGCUUCCUGUUUGUUCAGGUUUCAUUCGGACGCUGGACUCUUGACUUUUAACGGUUGUUUUCAUUUUUGCAGAGUGAAUGAUUCCUUGAUUCUUUUAUUUCAAUAAACGAUAGUUCUCAUCGUGGAAACUCCAAGAUCCUCGUGUGCUGGAUCGAGACUGUGAGACUUUGAACAUAAAAAACUGGUUCUGAUUUUGACUUUGCUUCUGGAAUAGUAACGGACGUACGGACAACACAACGCUCCUGAUGUGAGGAAAUAAAAGUCACCCACGACUUUUUGUCUUUAUGGAUUGUGUUUUCAUUUUUGUGCAAAAAGCGAGAGAGCGAGGUUCAGGAGCUGAAACUGUGGAUGAGGAUUUCAGGAUUUCCAGGCUCUCACCUGGUGGCACCUUCACAGUUGAUGUGGAGCCUCUUCAACCAGCUUUAAUAUCAACAAGUGUGACAAAAUGUCCUGAACUUUUCAAGCUUUUAUUUUCCUGAGUAUCGUCUGUAACAGCUGGUGGAGUGUGACGGACGAACAAUCAGUUCACGUUCAAAUAACUGUUGAAUCUGUAACAUCCAACAGAAAGUGAUGAAUAAAACAGUCGGUCUGAUCGUCUGAAGGCCUUUGCACUGAAA